CUUCAAAGUCAUCAUAGGAAGUUCUCAGAGCCCGCACAUACAGAGCCCUCCAGCAUCCGCCAAUGGAAGCGCUAGAGGAACUCGAGAGGGUUCAAAACCGAGUCCUCCAACGAAUAGCAAGCCUAGAGCUCUCUCUUCUCCCUCAACGAUUCGCCGACACCCUAUCCGUCUCUUCUCCAGCUCAAAUUUCCGACGCCAAUGGCGACACAGAAGCGCGCCUCUCUGCGAUUCUUCGAGCCAACAACGUCCGGGAUUUCGCAUUCAAGAGAGUGCCCUUCGAUUACUAUGACUGGCCGAUCGAAGCCCGGCGAGACAUCCUCGGCGCCCCCUCAAUCCACCAUCUCUGCAAAAGCAUCGUUCUUGUCAAUACUCAAGCUCCAUCCAAUGUUACUGACUGUAGUGACCGCAACAAUUCAAAGUAUUAUCUUGUUGUUGUUCAGUAUACUGCUAGAUUCAAUGCUGAAACUGUGAAGAAUUUUCUGUAUUCACUCAACAAUGGCAAGAUACCAAAGAAGAAAUUCAACUUGAGGCUUGCUCCUGAGGAGUCAUCACAGAAAUUGACUGGAUAUGAGCACAAUGGGGUGACAUGUAUUGGCAUGAAAACCGACAUUCCGGUGAUUUUGGAUGAAGCAAUUGUAAAGCUUGAUUCCAAUUCCUUCUGGUUAGGAGGUGGGGAGAUUGAUCUGAAGCUGGGGAUCAAGACUUCUGAAUUCAUUAACUUUGUUAAACCUUUCAUUGUCAGCUGUAGUGGUAUUUAAUUUCCCCAAAGAUCCACAACUCUUUGGAAUGGAACCGCUCGACUGAGACGAUGGAAUGGAAUCUCUUAAACGUAAUGAUGUCAAGGAAGAUGAUCUCAUGAUGGACCUUACUCCUUUUGGGGUCCAAUUCUAGGAUUUUGGUAAUCAUUAAAGCAGGAAAUUUUGCUUUACAUAUAUUUAUUUUUAGUUAGUUUUUGGAUGUUGAAAAUUCAUUCGAGAGUUUUGUAGUUUAAUUGUUAUAUUCAACGACUUGCACGACAAAACGUAACGUGAUAAUUUCUUUAUUUUGAUGGAAGAUUACAAUAUUGAGUCA